GGUGAAACUUUAGUUACUCAGUGAUAUCAUCAUCAUCAUCAUCAUACAUGAUAUACCUUGCUGGUUUGGGAAUUACAUGAAUUUAAUAUCUUAAAAGAGCAUGAAUGACGCAUGGAACAUACCUUCUCAAUUGGUCUUGUGUUAACCAAUAUUAAUGGAAAUUCCACAGCCCUUAGCAAUAGAUGAGUUUUGGUGGCUGAGGAAAGCGUCUUUCAAUGUAAUGUUCCUUCCUAAUAAGCGUCAUCAUAAAUUCCUGUCACUUACUUGCACACCUGUAUAAUAGCCUUCAUUUCUGUCCUUGGUAACCAAAAGAAAUCACAUACUAGUUUUGAGUGACUUGCAGCUUGAUUUUCUAAUAACAGUUUAUCCAUUAAAAAAACAGCCUCCCAGCCUGUAGGUACAAAAACAUGCUGAAUAAGACGGAUUUUUUACAGUUACUUGUCAGGCAAAUACAAAUUAACAUUGCAAUAUAUAUAAAAACACAUGAACAAAAACCUUAGAAAAAGCCUCACAUGGGCACUAAAGUAAAGACCAGAGAGUCCUAAGAGUCUUACUUCGAAAACUCGUUGUACAGGCAUAUUGCCUUGUGUAAGAAAGAGUGCAUUUCAGACAUGAUCAUGAAUUGACAACCCUCUUGUUAAUGCGCAGUAUCUUGCUAUGUUGUGGCUGCCGCCCGCCUCUCACUGAUCGUACGAUCCGUUGAAUAUACACAUAGAACUUUCAGAGUUCAAAAACAGGAACAACUGUCAUCUGUUAUUUGACUUUUUUUUUCAGAUUUCGUAGCAUUUCAAUGAUAGCUGGUACAUUACAUUUUCUGUAGAUGGUAACGUUGUGUAUGACUUUUAAAAAAAUCCAAAGUUCAGUCUUAUUUUGUAAAACUAGAAGACGUCAAACAAAAUAAAACAGGGUUUGUGUCGUCUGUAUAUUGAUACAACCUAUUUCAUUUAAAAAAUCCGUAAGGCCGGACUGACUUGAUUUUGUAGAUGGCAGUCUACUUCGUACUGAAGCUGAAACAUCGGCACAUGUACUACUUAGCUGUGGCAGGUGAAACUUUUUUUUUACUCAGUAAUGUACCAUAUGAAUUUGGGGAGAACAUGCAUAUUUAUUUGAUAUCAUCUUAAAAGAAUGUGAAUGACGCACGAAACAUACCUUUCACUCAUCCUUGUGUUAACGAAAAUUGAUAGAAAUUCCGAGGAAUGCACCUUUCAUUGUAAUGUCCUUACUUGAUAAAUGUCAUCAGAAAUUUUCCUGUCACUUAAUUGCACACCUGUAUAAUAGCCUAUCUUGCUGUCCUUGGUAACCACACCAAAUCACAUGAAUUGACUUGUGGCUUGGCAUUUUUUUCUGACAUGAAUUGAGAGCCCUCUUGGUACUGUGCAGCUUCUUGCUUUAUUCUGGCUGCUGACUAUCGCAGACGUCUGUGCCGCCGCUUACUGGUCCUGCGUCUGGCGCUGAAGUCUGACCACAUCCAACUCAACCAUGUUCAACGUUAACAACAGCUCUCUUUUGCCAUCUGGUACCGGCGAGACAUCAGAAGGAGACUUCACCAGGCGAAUUCCCUGCAUCCUGUGGCACUUACAAAACAAGUCAUCCUACGACCAAGCCCAAGAAGCCUGCUCCGCGUACACAGACUUCAUGGAGUUGGGAACAGGAAUGGCUGUCGUGUUCUGGCUGGUAGGACUCUGCAUUAUCAUUUCUAACGCUGCCGUGCUUUGGGGAAUCAUCCGAGCACCAGAGCUACGCAAACAACUCUCCUUUCUCAUGGCAAACCUAGCUGUGGCAGACAUGUUAGCUGGUAUUGGACUCCUCUUACGGUGUCAAGCUGUACCGGUAGGGUUGACCGGACUGUAUUUCACAAUGAAUAUUGCGACUUUCCUAUUAUAUAGUCAGAUGAUGUCUGCAUCAGCACUAUGCCUGAUGUCUAUAAGCUCUUAUGUUGCUAUAAGGCAUCCUAUAUUUUUCCACACCCAUGCUCACAGGGCAAAACGCGACGCAGGUGUGGCCAUUGUUUCUUCGUGGCUUGUUCUGACCCUGUUUGGUUUCGCGCCCAGUAUGGGUUGGAACUGUCUAGACAUGCCAAAUUUAAAGUGUUUCAACUUAAACCCCAUAGUGUUUGGUUAUCUUGUAGCUACCAUAAUGCUCUUACUAGCCGGUGUCAUGCUGGUCACAAAUAUAAGUGUAUUCAUAGCCAUCAAAGCAAGGCAAAAGAGAAGGCUUGGGCAGCCAGGGGGUCCCAACAAUCCGGGACAAAACAGUGCAAAGCAAGAUCAGCCUAACGAUGCAGCAGAACGAAAAUACCAAAGAAGUGUGCACAAGGCCAGGACUGUUAUGAUUCAGGUAGUAGCAGCCAUUACAUUUUGGCUAUUACCCAUGAUAGUCAUCCCAGUGUGCCGUCUGGCUGGGGAGAAGUGUCCGCUUCCACGCGCGGAGACAGGCGUAGCUUUCAUGGUGGUGUUGAACUCGGCGGUCAAUCCAGUCGCAACUAUCAUCCGCACACCGGACUUAAGAAAGACUAUCCGUCAAGAUGUUACAGCUAUCCACGAGGCACUUGUCACCAUGAUGCGGGGAAACCGCGUGAACCCACAGGACGAAGAAACUCCCCAAAAUCAGCGGGGCGGUACCGGGGCGGCUUCUGGGAGUGAACGGACCAUGCCAACAGGCCAGCCCGCUACAGGACCAAAGGUAACUCGCUCUAACCAGGUAAUGGCAGACUGUCUUGAUCAAGAGAUUGUAGAACUCGACUGAAAGAAAACUGCCCUGGAACCUCUACUUAGAAAGUCAAAAUUUUGACAUCAUACAUGUAUGGACAGCAAUGACAAGUGCUAUAUCUGAAACACCACAUGAUAUAAAAUAGGGUUCCUAGUGAUUUUGAUUCAGUAGAAUGUAAAUAUAUGUAUGUUAUGACUGUGCUGUCAGUGUAAUACAUUGUUAGUAGAUGCAAAUGUACAUAUAGCACAUACCAGUUUGGUGUCGGGGAAAAACAUUGUAUUGAUCGUUUCACAUUCGUAAACUAAUAAAAAUGUGAACAAUCACUUCAAGUCUAGAAUGUUCUUGAUGUGUUUCUGUCGUACGUAGGAUGUAAGUCACACCCCUUCCCGCACCAGUUGCAUUUUUUGUCGCUUGGUUGGGAUACAUUUUGAUACUGAUAUUUCCCAGUGAUUCCGAUUUACGUUUCUUGUACACGUUUCAUUAGCCCUUGCUUGUCAAUGAGUAACUGCUACUUUUGCAUUGAGUCAAUGUCCCUUUUAAAAUGCUAUAGACCUACAUGUUUACAAAUGUUGGAGUGUACAGUUCCUGCCGUUUGUUCCUGUGUGACAGUGGGUCGGGGUUGGGGUUAGAGUUAGACGUCCUGUUGAUAUAGGAGCGUCUGGAA